GUUGUAAUUUAAAACGGACAUUAUAAAUACUAGUGGCGCUGGCUGGCGUAGCUGACUUGUGUAGUGAGCGCGCCGGCUGACAGUGCAAAGAGCGGGAAAAGUUUGACGUUUCGAAAACCGUUUACGAAGAAGGCUUGUGUUCAUCAAUCAAGAUGAUUGUAUUAAAGAUAACCCUUCUCACGGCGUGCUUGGCAGCAGCAUCAGCUCAGCAGUACGGACCCACCACCACCCCCGUGCCAAUCCUGAAGCAGAUCAACAAACAGAACGAUGACGGCUCUUACAGCUUCGGUUAUGAAGCUGCUGAUGGGUCGUUCAAGAUCGAGACCAAGUAUCCCAAUGGCGAUGUGGCCGGGAAGUACGGAUAUGUGGAUGCUGAAGGGAAGACGAGGGAGGUGUCGUAUGGAGCUGGCAGUAAACGAGGGUUCGAGCCGCAAGGAACCGGCAUCAUGGUGCCUCCGCCAACCCUGAAUGACCCGCCGAGCAACGCGCUCACCGACGGACAAGAAGACGACGGCCAGUACCGGGAAGACCCCAGCAUUUAUGAGGACCCCAAGUAUAAUAGUAGGAGCCAGAAGUCACGACCAGGCCAGGGGUUCCGGUCGUACCAGACUGAGCCGCAAUACCAGACGCAGGUCCAGCAACCUGCCCAGCCGAGGUAUCAACCCCAACCACAACCACAAGCGCAGCCUAACUUCCAGGAUUCCUUCUUCAGCCAGUCCCCUCAGCAGUUCCCGAGGCCCCAGUCUCAGAUCUACCACCAGCAGCCCCAGUUCUCGUACCAAGCGUACACGCCACAGCAGAACUACCAACCCCAGCCGACUUACCAACCCCAGCCGGCGUAUCAACCCCAGCCGGCGUACCAACCCCAACAGGCGUAUCAACCCCAGUAUCAGAACUACCAGAAUCACAAUCCCUUCCUGGGUCACCCCGCUACCAACUUUGACCCGUCAACGGGAUCUUAUACCAUCAACUUUACUGGUUAGGUUUUAGUUGUCUAAGCGUAGACUGUAAACAUCUUAUUGUUAAAAAAGCUAAUUCUAAGCUAAGGUUCAAAUAUUUUGAAAACUAAUGCGAAAGAAUGCAAAUGUGAAGAGAAUAGGCCGUUAACUUUUUUAAGAAUAAGAUAAAUGUACAAAUAUAUUUUUUACUGGCUGGUUUUUUACUAAGUAGGUAUUAGUUCAUUUUUAUUUUGUUACGACUAGUCAAUACUUUUUUAAACGUAGUUUUUAGUUUUAUUUUUUGUUAACUAACAUAACUUUCCUGAAGUAACAACGCACCCUAUUUAUUGAUGUAGUGAUAUUUUCAUCUAUUUAAAUCUAAUUAUUGUAUGUAAACUUAUCAAUUUAAGUCUAAAUUUAAUGUUUUUUAGGCUUUUUAAAUAUAUUACUUAUACACGACACUAAACAUUAAGACGACAACUUCAACUACGAAAAUCAAGUGUACGUUUCAUUGAGUGUAAUUUAUUACAUUCAUACAAAAAAUCAUCAAAAGUAAGUUGUAAUUACUAAAGCUCAUUCAUUUAUUUUAUGAUAUUUUAGUAUGUUUCAUCCUACUGUACUUAUAUCAAUUUAACUAACACUUUCUACCUUUAUUUAUGUAUUUCUUUACGAGUUCGCCUUUACCUAACUAUUACCAAAAAAACAAUAACGAAAUCUGUACCAACCUACGAUUUGUUUAUAAAUUAGGCUUAAGUAACAUUUAUAUAAAUACGUAUUGUAAACAAUAUUGAGUAAUUACGAGUGUUGUGGCGUGAGUGCAAAUGAUCUGCGCACGCGUCGAUUUCAAAGUGAUCAAACUGUCAAUCGUCACACGAAACGUGGACCGAGUGUAAAUAUCGAUUAAAUAAAAAUGUUACGUAAAUAAAAA